CUUCGAGCAGGAGUAGAAAAGACAUUUCACGGUCACAGGAGAUAUUACCGGCACUUGGGCUAAACCGAGGCCGGGUCGAGCUGCACCGGCUCCCAAGUAACGCGGCCGGAGCAAAGUGGAGCUAUGGCGGUCGUAUGCAAAUUCGGACACGGACACGGACUCGGUGCAGCGCAGCUCAGUCGCACGAGAAAGGCGGAUCGACGGGAGUCAGGGAAUUUGGCCGCGUGAAGGAUUUCGCGCCACGACUGCAGAGCUCUCGUAGCGUCGACUCAUGGGAGGAUGGUGCAAAUUGCGAUCCUCCGUGCGGGGGAAUAGGUGAGAGAAGCUUUUAGAAUUAUUCGAGGCUCACGGGGAACCGAUACGUGCUCGCUGGCUCCAGUGAUGGCGCUCCAGCUGCACACCUGCGCAGAUUUGCGGCCGGACGCGUUGCAUACCUUCUGCAUAUACGUUCGGGAAAGGAGAACGAGAAAUUGCACGACACGACGGAGAGCGCUGGCAGACGAAGGCUCGUCGGCGAGCAGAGCAGCAACAGGAGCAGCAGGUGCGCAAAUCAGAGCUUCGCUGUCGCAGAGGGCCGGCGAUGGACCGCCGAGCUCAUCGGCGCGCCCGCAGCGGAGGAGCAGCAGCAGCAGCAGGCGACGCGGCGCGAAGCCGGACGCGGGGGACAGAAGUGCGCAGGUCGAGGAGUGGGUCAGCAGGAAGGUGAACGAUCCUCUCGUGGAAAUCGACCCCGUCACCGUGGACAAGAAGAUCCAGGCAGAGGAGCGUCUGGCGCGGGAGGCGCGGGCGGCGCAACGGGCCGCCGAACGGGCGCAAUCGGAAGCCGCGGAGUCCUCGUCGUUGGUGCCGCCGGAAGGAAUCACAGCGACCGUAGCUCCGUCCUCGUUCGAUCGACCGCCGCCGGGAUUUCCCGGAGGACUGAACGCCUCGCCCAGAGCCGUGGCCGCGGCAGCCUUGGCUCUUCUCGCAGCCGGUGCCGCGUACCUCCUCCUCCGGAGCAACGCCAAGGCGCCGGGAUCCCUGUCCCCGUCGCCGGUGCCGGCCCCCGUUCCAGGAAACCGGGACGUGGGCACUUCCAGAGUGAUCCAUCACAGCUCCGGCGCCGGCAAAGAGAGCUCCCCGCCGCAGGAGCUGCAUGAGCAAUUUCUACACGCCGGCAGCGACCAGGCCGUGAGCGUGCGCGCCUCCGUCGUCUUGACUUCCGUUCAGACGCAGACGAUCACGACGGUCACCCCCGCGCCGGUAUUUGUCGGCCACCAGGCGCAAUCGGCAAUUCCUUCGUCCUCCCCGGCCGUCGGGAUGUCUUUCGCCGUGUCGCCGCCGUCCGACCGCGAGGCCAGACCCUUCGAGGAGGCCGUUGGGCUCGAUGGCCCGUCGGGACAAGUGGCCGCGGACUUGGAAGUUGACGCCGUCGAGUUCCAGAAAGCUUUGGUUUUCGAUUCGCCUCCAGCCGGGAAGGAAUUGCUUCCCGAGUAUUUACGAGCGUCUUCGGGCGCUGAGCCUCUUCCUUCGCCUGCUGCUGCUCGUGUUGCGCCCGCUGGCUUCUCCUCCUCCGGCCCCGAGUUCGCGGACGACCUGGCGGAGAUUUCGGGCGUGCAAUUGCCAGGUGCGGAUUUCCGAAAUGCGAUGGUUUCGGACGCUUUUUCGAUGGAGAAGUGUCUCGUAGAUGAUGGCUUCGUGUUCGAAUCGUCAUCCCCCCAACUCGUCGAAGAUCCUGUACUCUUCAAUUUGGACAACGAUGCUCCUGCCCUCCCCGUUCCCGAAGAUGUCCACAUCGCAGGCGUCCAAAAUGGGGCAGCGUCUGCCGAAUCGGAAUUUCAACCGGAGGAGGACAGACGCAAAUCAUAUGCCGAGGCACUCCAGGCAGUCGUUCCAGCAAUCGCCGUCGGAGCUGGAGCUUUCAGCACAUUUAGCGGAUUGGAUAGCGGUCUUGAAAUGGUGGGACUCGUCGCCACGGCAAGCUUCGUAGCUCGAGAAAUCUUUCUGGCCAGCUCGAGACAACAGCUUUGUGGGGAUGUUCGCAAAGUGAAGGAUCACAAGUCAUUUUUGGAUUUCCUGAAAACUCGCGAAAUCAUCAGAGAUCUACCACAAGAAUAAAAAAGGACAAAAAUGUUGGGAACAGUCAAAGCGUCCGGGCCAGUUCGGGGGAUGGCUGAGGAAAAUCCUGGGCUGGAUCAGUUCCUGGAUCCGAUCAACGUAUCCAGCUGACAGAGUGUACCAUGCACCUCCCUUGUGAAUAUAUGUAUCGUGGCUUGUUAUCAUGUGAUUGUGAGAAAUCGUCAAUUUCCUUCGAGAUAGAACAUUCCAAUUUUCCGCUCCCGCGUCUCAUGUGAGUCAUAGAUCGACUUCGAGACACCACAUCCCGUUUCCUUUUUGCAUUUCAUUUAUUCAAGUCUCUGCAGAGCUUGAAAAGCUUUAGCAGAUGGACUAUAGUUGGGUAGAGUUCUAUACCUAGUAGAAAUUAGAGAAGGUGUCUGUUACAAGAGACAUCCUACGGUCCCUCUGUAUUGAUAAUUAAAUCAGACUCACUGUAAUGCAGAUAUCUAGUGGAUGAUCCUUCAGAGACCAUGAGCAAUCCUUUCGAAGAUCUUAACUGCUGAAUCGUGCUGCCCAUUUCCCGAGUUUUUCACGACUGCAUUGUCGUCGUUGUUCUUGCCACGUCCAACACCGACACCCACUGGAAGUGGCUCUGACAGUACGUGAACUCGUAUGUAUUUCGUUGUUACAUCAUUUUCUGUUACGGAGUGAUUAAAGUUUACAAAAGUUCUGAAUUUCCUC